AUGCAUAGGUUCGGUAGUACAUCAAGACAUUCAAUUGACAAUUAUGAGCCCUCGAGGCCGUCGAUUCAGGAAUCGAGGAGUUCUUCUCGUACCAGUUUAAGUGACGAUGAACUUUCGAUUGAAAUUGAGACUAGACAUACGUCAAGUAACCAUUCUGUGGACUCUCAUGAUUUGGAGCCGCUGCAGAGUGCUCCUCUUUCUGGUGAAGUCUUGAUGACAUCAACAAACCCACCAAAGAAUAGAUGGAGGAUACUUUCGUGUGUUUUGUUUAAUUUUACUGGAGGAUUCAGCGAUGCUGCUCCUGGUGCUUUAUUGCCUUACAUUGAAGCUGCAUACGGUAUCAAUUACGCAGUGACCUCCUGUAUUUGGAUCGGCAACGCAAUUGGUUUUAUAGUGGUGGCUUCCAUGUCUCACAAAAUCCAGCCGUGGUUGGGAAAGAGAUAUUGCUUCCCUGUGGCGAACUUGUGCAGUUGCAUUUUCUAUGCCUUGGUUUCAAGUGGCACGGUAUUCCCCGUUAUUGUUAUUGGGUUCUUUUUUGGUGGUUGUGGAUUUGCAAUGGCCGCGGCACAGUGUAACAUCUUUCUAAGUCGGCUAGAUAAACAGUCUACGUAUUUGUCGUACUAUCAUGGUGGAUAUGGUAUUGGAGCCACAGUCGCACCAUUAAUAGCCACCAGUAUGGUGAACAGGGGUAUUAAAUGGCAUUACUUUUACUUGAUCUUGCUUGGAAUGAUGAUAAUAACUGCACUCAAUUUGUUUUACUCGUUUGAGAAUGCUGACGAGGAUUUGAAACCGUGGGAUCAUGAUGAGGAUGUGUCCCAGGGAAUCGAAAUGUCGGAUUUGGGUGAUAGAGGCGAUACUACAAAUGCUACAUCCAAGCCACCUCUGGAUAUGAUCUUGGCCUUGCAAAACCAUGUCACAUGGUUGAUUGCUUUCUUUUGUUUAUUCUAUCAAGGGGCAGAAGUGUCUUUGGCUGGAUGGAUUGUGACCUACUUAUUAGACUAUAGACACUCAAGUGAGAAGACAACAGGUUAUGUUGCUUCCGGCUUAUGGGCUGGGUUGACACUAGGACGGUUGAUAUUGACUCGCCCAAUUCACAAAUACAUCGGGUUGAAGCGAGGGGUUGUUGUGAUUUCAGUAUUGUCAAUUGUGUUGGUGGGCUUGACCUGGGGAAUCACAUUAUUUGUUCUCGAGGCCGUACUAGUGUCAAUAGCCGGAGUCUUUAUAGGUCCAAACUAUCCUUUACUAGUUACAUUCAGUGCUCAAAAAGGUUUAAUUCCUAGAAAAAUUCAGUUGGUGUCAUUGACAAUAAUGACUGCGUUUGGGUCUUCUGGUGGGGCAUUGUUUCCAUUCAUUGUGGGGUUGUUGUCAGAAAAGGUAGGCACGUUUGUUGUUUUGCCUGUAUUUAUUGCCUUGUACACUUCCAUGACAAUACUUUGGUUAAUGUUGCCUAAUUUUGAAAGACGCAAGGAAGCAAAGGGGAAAUUAGCCUUUUUAGCAAGGAUUUGGUAA